AUGGCGCGUCCUUCAGACAAGAAAGCGUUACACGACGAGAAUGGGGAGAAAGCAAAACUUCUUCCGACAAAGCAGUUGGAAACUUCUCGUCCUCAGUACCGCUCCAUCAUUGUGAGUGUCUGCUCCUUUAUUCUCGUGACAGAGUUCUGUGAACGUCUCGCUUACUAUGGUCUAUCCGGGUCCUUGCCCAUCUUCUUCCAUCGUAACUUGGGUCUCAGUACAGUACUGGCUACGGAGCUUAACACGACGUUCACAUCGCUGUCGUACCUCACGCCCUUGUUCGGCGCGUACGUGGCGGACAGACACCUCGGCCGUUUUUCCACAAUCGUUGUCUUCUGCUCGCUGUACAUUGGAGGACUGAUGCUUUGUGUAUUUGCAUCGUUGCCGGCUGUAUCGUCACUGCCGCUCUUUAUGCUGGGAUUGUUUGGAGGGGUGGCCUUUGGAGCUGGAGGGAUCAAACCAAAUGUUGUUGUGCUGGGAGCUGAUCAGUUUGACGUUGAUAUUCCAAGUCAGCGAGCAGAGAAAGACAGCUUCUUUAACUGGUUUUACUGGGCUAUUAAUAUCGGGGCUACAUUUAGCUACGGCGUGCUCACGAACUUGGCCGUAAACGGUCUACCGCCGUACAUCUCGGCGGAUUAUGGAUUUUUCGCAUCUUUUGCAAUUCCGUCAGCGACGUUCGUAUUGGCGGUGUUGGUCUUUUACGCUGGAAAGACACGGUACCGUCGUGUCCCGCCUAGGGGUAGUGCGCUCACCAAGUUUUUCUUCGUCUUGAUUGAGGCGGGUUCACGUUCAGCUUGUGGAAAACUUGUGCUUAGCGGCGGCCUGGCGUUUGUACCGGGGAUUGUACUUACGACGGCAUCGUAUUUCAUCCAGGAUGCGUUUAUGCAUAUGACAGUGGCACUUGCUGGUGCAGGAGCUGUGGCGUAUGGAACCUUUGUACUCAUUUUCUCGGGUGCCGCGACGACUUGGCUGGGGUUGGCAUCGCGCGCAAAUGGCGGCUCGUUUUCAUCCCAGGACGUGCAGGAUGCGGCGCAGGUGAUGCGUUUAGCGCCGUACCUUGGGAUUAUCAUAAUAUUCUGGGCCGUGUACGGCCAGAUGAACUCCAAUUUUGUCGUCCAGGGCUGUCAAAUGGAUCUGCGAGUUCAAGGAAGUGACAGUGUUCUGCUUUCGUCCGCAAUGCUCAAUGUUGUCGACUCGGGUGUUAUUCUCAUCUUCAUCCCCGUGUUUGAUCGCCUACUGUACCCGCUGCUGACUAAGAUGGGCAUCUAUCCGUCGCUGCUGCGCAAGAUCGGUGCUGGUCUUGUGUUUUCUCUGUUGGCCAUGCUGGCGGCAGGCUGGACGGAACAGAUCCGGAAGAAUAGGCCCACGGUUGAGGGUGUUUCUUCGAACUGCAGCGCUGCGGGUGAAUUCCUGCCCAUGUCGAUGAUGAGUGUGUGGUGGCAGACGCCGCAGUACGUGCUCGUAGGCGUGGCCGAGAUCCUCACGAGUAUUUCGUCGUACGAUCUCUUCUAUUCGGAAGUCCCUGAGUCCAUGCGGAGCGUAUGCCAAGCUCUUAACUUGCUCACAACCACGCUGGGCUUUAUCGUGGCGGGCGCUCUUAACAGCAUCUUUUCCUUUUGGAUCACAAGCGAUCUCAACGACGGCCACCUCGAGUAUAUUUACUAUAUGAUGGCGUUCCUCGUGCUGGCGAUGCUGUUGGCCUUCCUGUUUGUGUCGCAGUCCUUCGAGUACCAUGUUCCUGUAGCGGGCCUCGACGCCGUGUCAGGAUUCUCUCCUGCGCUCUCACGCGCCGCCAGAGAACUGCGUAAGAAAUUGCAGCUCCAGCGCAAUGGCAGGAAGUAA